CGGCUGGCCCCCUCCCACAGCCUUUGCGCUCUGACAGCCGGGCGAGGUUCUCGCCUUCCGUGACGUCACCGAGAGGCCGGCUCUGGAACACAGCGAACGCAAGAUGGCGGCCACCACGGGCUCGGGCGUUAAAGUUCCACGUAAUUUCCGGCUUUUGGAAGAACUCGAAGAAGGCCAGAAGGGCGUAGGAGACGGAACGGUCAGCUGGGGCCUGGAGGACGACGAAGACAUGACGCUGACAAGAUGGACCGGUAUGAUAAUUGGACCUCCUAGGACAAUUUAUGAAAACCGAAUAUACAGCCUUAAAAUAGAGUGUGGCCCUAAAUACCCAGAAUCACCUCCGUUUGUUAGAUUUGUAACAAAAAUUAAUAUGAAUGGGGUGAAUAAUUCAAAUGGAGUGGUGGAUCCCAGAGCCAUAUCUGUUUUAGCCAAAUGGCAGAAUUCUUAUAGCAUCAAAGUCGUUCUGCAAGAACUCCGACGUCUUAUGAUGUCCAAAGAAAAUAUGAAACUUCCUCAGCCUCCCGAAGGACAAUGUUACAGCAAUUAGAAAAAAAAAAAACCCACACACACAAGACAAAAAAAUGAUAAAAAAAAUGUAAAAAAAAAAAAAUCAUGCCCAGUUUAAAAUGAAUUUAAAGCUGUCUUCAUUUUCCACAGUAGUAAAUUUUCUAGAUACAUCUUGUAGACCUCAGAGUACCGAAAAAAAGGCUCCCAAGAUAAAAAUCACUUUAUCUUGAGAAGACUGUAAAUGAUACUAAUAUAUAUAUAUUUUUUCUUUUCUUUUUUUUUUGUUCCCAUUUCAAUCUCCUUUAAGUUGUGCUAAAAAAAAAAAAAAGUUAACCCUUUCACGUCUAACCACUGUCUGCUUAGUUUCGAAAACUUCUGGUGUCAAGAAAAAUCUAUUUAAAUUUAUUACUGUUCCAGAGGCGUGUGGCACAUAAACGCGACUGUGAAAACAUGUAUCACACAAUCACAUUGCUGUAGUUUAUUCUUUUUUUCUUGGCCUGAUUUUAUCUUAUUUGCUUGUAAUUCUGAGCUGUUUCUAAAAGUUGUUCCACGGAUUUUUUUUUUUUUUUUUUAGUUUUCCUCCCCGUUUUUUUUUUUCUUUUCCAAUUUGUAUUUUUCUUUUUGUUUGUGCCCAGCUUCAAACUGGGACUCAUGGACUACUAAUGGGAAUGCGUGCUAACUUGGGUCAUCUUCCCUCUCACCCCUUUGUGUCGUCUCUAAUAAAUGCUCAAUGUGGCAGAUCGUGAA